GUUGACUCCCUCAACCAUCCCAAUGAUCCUGUUGUUGUGAACAUCAAGAAGAUCCUCAAUUUUAGCUUCCUCAAUCCUAUUUUAAUCUUAACUGUUCUUUUCCCAUUCCUUACUCCAGUGCUGGAAAAGCUCAACUUUAGCACGUUUCCCAAGUCUUCGAUAGACUUCUUCAAUGGUGUCAUCAAAAAAAUCAAAGAAGAUCGACAAAAGGAGAAUCACACGAACCGGGUUGACUUUCUGCAGCUCAUGGUGGACUCGCAGGCUGCAGCCAACACCUCCGGGGAGGCAAAUUCAGAGAAAGCUUUAACAGACAAAGAGAUUUUGGCCCAGUCAAUAAUUUUUAUUUUUGGUGGUUAUGACACCAUCGGUAUCACACUCAGCUUCGUAUCUUAUUGUCUGGCCACCCAUCCUGAUGUUCAAGAGAAAUUGUAUCAAGAGAUCAAUGAAACGUUUCCCAAUCAGGCCCCUCCCACUUAUGAGGCCAUCCAACAUAUGGAAUAUCUAGACAUGGUGGUGAAUGAAACAUUUCGUCUUUACCCUCCGGCGGAACGUCUUGAUAGAGUUUGCAAAAAGACAGUGGAAAUCCAUGGAGUGACCAUCCCAGAAGGGACUGUGGUUGCUGUCCCUGUUUUUGUCUUGCAUCGUGUCCCAGAAUAUUGGCCUGAGCCCGAGGAGUUCAGACCUGAGAGGUUUAGCAAAGAGAACAAAGAGAGCCGAGACCCGUAUGUCUUCCUCCCUUUCGGAGCGGGUCCCAGAAACUGCAUCGCUAUGCGUUUCGCCCUCCUGGUGCUGAAAAUGGGUCUGGUGGUUGUGCUGCAAAAAUUUCGCUUCCAAACUUGCAAAGAGACACCGAUCCCUCUGGAGCUGGACAACAGAGGGUUUGUGCAACCAAAGAAUCCCAUCAAGUUGAAAUUGCUGCCCAGAACUGUUGUAGAACAUGAAGAAUAGAAGAUCUGGAG